AUGGUUUGGAAGAUAGGUUGUGGUGACAGAAUUGAUUUCUGGCAUGACAGAUGGGUAGGCGAAUGCACUCUUAAACAGCAAUACAACCAACUUUUCAUGAUAAGCAGUCAGCAACACAACCUCAUUUCAAUGAUGGGUAAUUUCUCCCAGGACAAUUGGAGAUGGGAUUUGCAGUGGAGGAGAAAUCUUUUUGAUCAUGAACAUGACUUGGCUGUGAGCUUUAUGGAAGACAUUACAUCUAUAUGUAUUCAGAGAAAUGUGAAGGACAUUAUGAUGUGGAAAGCUGAACCUAACGGUGUGUACUCCACCAAGUCAGCUUAUAGCCUAAUGCUGAAGCUAAAUGAUUCCGGUUCACAAGACAGGUUUUCUAAACUAAUUUGGAAUCUGAAUAUACCCCCAAGGGCAGCAGUUUUCAUUUGGAGACUUCUUAAAGAUAGGCUCCCCACCAAAGGGAAUCUGUUAAGGAGACAUGUGGAUAUUCAAGAUGCUGGUUGCCCACUCUGUGGCCAAUGGCAGGAGGAAGUAGGGCAUCUCUUCUUUAAUUGUUCUGUCAAGAGCAGACUUGACAGAUUCCUAGUGUCAGAUCAAUGGCUAGCCCUAUGGCCUGACUCAUCCCAGCAUGUUCUCCACAGAGAUUACUCUGACCAUUGCCCUGUAAUUUUGAAAACUAAACUGGUUGAUUGGGGCCCUAAGCCCUUUAGGGUGCUGGACUUGUGGCUCAACCAAAAAGGAUAUCAAAAGCUGGUGCAGGAGUCUUGGUCUAAGGAUCAGCAGGGUGGAUGGGGGGGCAUUGUCCUUAAAAACAAGCUGAGAAAUCUUAAAAAUACCAUCAAACAAUGGAGUAAAGAUAUUGUUGAUAUCAAUGUUAGUCGAAUCCAGAAUUUGAGACAGAAGCUUAAUGACUUGGAAACUACAACUGGUGAUAGAGUUUUAUCUCAAGAGGAGGUCAAAGUCAAGAAAUUACUGCAACAAGAGCUGUGGGAGGUUUCAAAUGCUUAUGAAUCCCUGCUGAGACAAAAAUCUAGAGAUAAAUGGAUUAAGGAAGGUGAUAGUAAUACAACUUAUUUUCACAAAGCUAUAAAUGUCAGAAGAAACUAUAAUGCUCUUCAGGGUCUCUUCAUUGAUGGGAAUUGGGUUCAACAGCCUGACCGAAUUAAGAAUGAAGCUUUUAAUUUCUUCCUUCAUAGAUUUUCUGAAGAUGAGAGUUUCAGACCCACCCUUGAUGGGGUUUUCUUCCACUCCAUUGAUCAGAAUCAAAGAGAGGGACUCAUUGCCCCUUUUUCUGAUCAAGAGAUUAAAUAUGCUGUUUGGAGUUGUGUUGGUGAUAGAUGCCCGGGUCUCGAUGGUUUUAAUUUCAACUUUAUUAAGGCUUUUUGGAAGAUUCUGAGACCUGAAUUCAGGAGAUUUGUGGAUGAGUUCCACUGCCAUGGAAGCUUUCCUAGAGGCAGCAAUGCUUCCUUCAUGGCCCUUAUCACCAAAUCAAAUCAUCCUCAAUCCUUAAAUGACUACAGGCCUAUUUCUCUCAUCGGCUGCAUGUACAAAGUCAUAUCCAAGCUUUUGGAAAACAGGUUGAGGACCGUUAUUUCGGGUAUUGUUGAUGAAAGGCAAUCAGCCUUCAUAAAGGAUAGACAUAUCCUUCAUGGAAUUCUGAUCCUUAAUGAGGUGGUGGAGGAAGCUAUGAGGACAAAGCAGCCAGUUAUGGUCUUUAAAGUGGAUUUUGAAAAGGCCUAUGAUACAGUAUCUCGGUCUUUCUUGGACUACAUGCUGUCAAGACUAGGAUUCUGUACUAAAUGGAGACAAUGGAUUGUUGCCUGCCUUCAAUCAGCAUCUAUUUCCAUUUUAGUUAAUGGUAGUCCGACUAAAGAAUUCGCUCCUACUCGAGGUCUGAGACAAGGGGACCCUCUAGCCCCUUUGUUGUUUAACUUAGUGGGGGAAGGUCUCAUUGGAAUGAUGAGACAGACCAUUGUAAAAAAUCUGUACCGUAGCUACUUGGUUGGAAAACAAAAAGAGCCUAUUAAUAUUCUCCAAUACGCUGAUGAUAUUGUUUUCAUUGGUCAAGCUUCCUUGGAAAAUGUUAUUGUUUUGAAGGCAAUGCUUAGAGGCUUUGAGAUGGCCUCUGGUUUGAAAAUCAACUAUGCUAAGAGUCAAUUCGGAAUUUUUGGAGAUUAUGUUAACUGGUCUCAAGAAGCUGCUCACUUUCUGGACUGUAGGCAGAUGGGGAUUCCCUUCCACUACUUGGGCAUCCCCAUUGGGGUCAGAUCCUCAAAUCAGGUCGUAUGGGAGCCUUUGAUCAGCAAAUUUGAAGCUAAACUCACUAAAUGGAACCAGAAAAGCUUAUCUAUGGCUGGUAGGGUUAAUCUGAUAAAUUCUGUUUUGAACGCUUUACCAAUCUAUCUAUUAUCCUUCUUUAAGUUACCCCAAAGAAUAGCUGAUAGACUGGUUUCUCUGCAAAGGAAUUUUAUAUGGGGUGGGGGGCAUGAUCAAAAGAAGAUUCCUUGGGUCAAAUGGGAUGAAAUUUGUCUUCACAAGAAGGAAGGCGGUUUGGGAAUCAAAAAUCUGAUCAAAUUUAAUGCUGCUCUCAUGGGAAGAUGGAUUUGGGAAUUACAUUCUAAGCAGAAUCAGUUUUGGGUCAGGGUUAUAAAUUCAAAGUAUGGGGGAUGGCCAGCCUUGCAGAAUGGCAGAGUCCAUUGCUGGGACUCCCAUUGGUGGAGAGAUCUCAGGAAGAUAUAUCAGCACAAUGACUUCAAGAUUAUUCAUCAAAAUCUGGUGUGGAAGGCAGGUUGUGGGGAUAAAAUUCAAUUUUGGAAAGACAAUUUGCUGGGAGAGGGCUGCAGUCUGGAUCACAAAUACCCUCAGCUCUUCACCAUUAGUAAGCAGCAGAACGAUCUUAUUUCAACCAUGGGUAGCUUCUACCAGAAUAUUUGGAGAUGGGAUUUGAAAUGGAGGAGACACCUAUUUGAACAUGAGGAGGGAGUAGCUGUAGCUUUCUUGGAUGAGAUUAGUGCUUACCCUAUCCAAAGUCACUUGAAAGAUACAGUUCUGUGGAAAGCUGAACCUACUGGGUUAUACUCUACUAGGUCAGCUUAUAGACUCCUAUCAAAUCAGAAUUCAUCUGCCUCAGAUGGGAGGAACUUUCAGAUUAUUUGGAGUUUAAAUAUUCCCCCAAAGGCUGCCAUUUUCACUUGGAAGCUUAUCAAGGAUAGGCUCCCUACUAGAGUUAAUCUUCAAAGAAGAAACGUGGGUCUGCAGGAAUCUAUUUGUCCUCUUUGCCAUGAGGAGCAGGAGGAGGCAAGCCAUCUUUUCUUUCACUGCACUCAAACUAUUGUUCUGUGGUGGGAAACCUUGAGAUGGAUUAAGGCUAUUGGAGCUUUCCCUUUUUCUCCAGCAAGUCAUUUCAGAAUCAUCAGUGUCAAGAUUGCAGUUCUUCAGCACUUUAAAGAAAGAUUCUCAGAGCAGAAUCCUUGCAGACCAACCUUGGAAGGGAUCCAAUUCUCUUCCCUUGAUCAAAGGCAGAAGGAAAGCCUUGUUGAUAGAUUCACUGAGCUGGAAAUCAAGUCUGCAGUUUGGGCUUGCGGGGGAGAUAAAAGUCCUGGCCUGGAUGGUUUGAAUUUCAAUUUCAUCAAACAGUUUUGGGAAACUCUAAAACCUGAUUUUAUCAUAUUCUUUGAUGAAUUCUUCAUUAAUGGCAGAUUCCCCAAAGGAAGUAAUGCAUCCUUCAUAGCCCUCAUCCCCAAAACCAAUAGCCCCCAAUCUCUUAAUGACUAUAGACCCAUCUCUCUCAUAGUGUGUGUCUACAAAAUAAUGUCCAAAGUCCUGGCUAAUAGGCUGGCUCUUGUGCUGCCUCACUUAAUUGAUGAAAGGCAAAUUGCUUUCCUCAAAGGCAGACAUAUCCUCCAUGGUGUAAUGACAGCUAAUGAGGUCUUAGCUGAAGCUAAAUUCAAAAAUAACCCCUGCAUGGUUUUCAAAAUUGACUUUGAAAAAGCUUAUGACUCGGUUUCUUAG